AUGGAGCCGGCAGGGGAGCCUGCGGCAGGAGUCGUCGUGGGCUGCCUCAUGCGAGCCAGCCGCCUGCAGGCCUUCCAGGCACGGGGCAUCUUGCCAGGCGUGGCCACCGCCGUUCCCGGCCGCGCUGCCACCCUGCAGUGCCUGGCGUUUGACCCCUGCCAGGACCCCUGCCUGCAGCCCCCCGUGCACGUCUUGCUGCACAAGCUCAGCGAUUUCGACGGAGUGAAGGAGGGGCCCGGUCAUGCCUGGGUGCGGGCCUACCUGCGCCGCCAUCCGGGGACCAAGAUUGUCGACCCAGUAGAGACCCUGGGUCCGGCACUAGACCGUGAGGCCAUGGCCCAUGCUGCCGAGCGUGCCAGCGCUCUAUCUGACGGGCUGCGCAUGCUGCGCUGGGCGUCCUUGGAGGGGCCAGCAGACGAUGACGGCGGCGACCCGGGCUUCUUCCCAUGUGUAGUGAAACCACGUGUGGCCUGCGGGGGACCUACCGCGCACGUCAUGGCGGUCGUGAGGAGCACGGCUGAGCUGCAGGCUUGCCACGUGCCCUUGCCCCGCGUUGCCCAGGACGCCGCCUCCUCCUGCGCAGGCCUGUGGAGCAUCGUGGACAUCAACUACUUCCCCUCCUAUCUGGGCAUUCAGGAUGCCGAUGGCCUCCUGCACAGCGCCCUGGUGGACUGCGCGGCGUGCAGGGACAGCCUGAAUGGAUCCAGGGACCGUGCUUGA